UUGUUCGGCUGGGGAUUACCUCCACUCACCGGCUCGGCCCCAAUCGGAAGCCCGACUCCGUCAAGCCAGUGGUUCUGAAGGUAACACACAAUUGAACAGAAACUUUCAUACAGACCUUGAGCCGCUAUCAAAAUGUUCAAUAACGUGCCCCUGGGCGAGGAGGUCGAUGCCAUUGCGGCCAGAACACCCGAACAUAUCACCAUCAAAGGCCGACAUGCCUCACUUGUUCCCAUCUCUCCCUCGCAUGCACCCGCCCUACAUCGGCAGCUCUGCCUAAACUCCCCGGAUGAGACGUGGGCCUACAUGUCCGCCGGCCCCUUUGCCAGCUCCGAGUCGUUUGCGAACCACAUCUCGGCCCUGGCCGUAUCCACGGAUCCGCUCUUCUUCACCGUCAUCUCCGAAAUCGAUCUUUCCUCCGGCAUCACCGCAGGCACGCCGGUCGGCUACCUCGGCCUGAUGCGCAUCGACGCCAAGAACCGCUGCGUCGAGCUGGGCCACGUCACCUUCUCGGCUGUGCUGCAGCGCACUACCGUGGCCACCGAGGCGCUCUACCUCGCCAUGCGGCACUGCUUCGAGGGCCUGGGAAACCGCCGGCUCGAGUGGAAGUGCGACAGCCUCAACGCCAAGAGCCGCAGGGCGGCCGGCAGGCUGGGCUUUGUGGCCGAGGGCGUCUUCAGGAGCCACAUGAUCGUCAGGGGCCGGAGCCGGGAUACGGCUUGGUUCUCGAUCGUGGAGGGGGAGUGGGCAGGGAGGAAGGAGGCGCUGGAGAGGUGGAUUGAUGAGAGCAAUUUUGAUGAAGAGGGGCGGCAGAAGGACAAGUUGGAGCGAAUCAGGGAGGCUGUUGCCACGAAUGCAAAAUGAGAUAUCAGGCAAAGAAAAUCAACGGCAUCGUGCUAUCAUAUAUAGAGAACAACAUAUAGAGAAAACUUACCAAAGCAGCCUUAUGUCUUCGUCAUA